AUGUCCUCCGUCAUUCGUCAAAGGCCGGACUUCCACACUUUGACCUCAAGCGAAGUGUUGGAUGAAUUUGUGGCCAUGAACAUUUUGGACAAGACCGCUGACAAUGCGGUGCUUCGUUCUCAAAGGGCAAAGAAGCCCAACCUUGCAUUGAAGGCCAAGCUCUGCGUUGAAGAAGAAGAAGAGGAAGAAGAGGAGAGCAACCCCGAGGAUACAAAGAACCCCUUGUGGCCAAAGGAGAAGGACAAUGCUCCACUCAAGUGGAGCCAUCACCAACCCAAGGCCCACACGCUUCCGAAGAACAACAUGAAGGCCCUCAUCCUCAAGAACAUGACCAAGGGCAAGGUCAUGCUCAAGACGGUGUUGACACAUCAAAUGAUGCCCACUGUCAAGUUCUCUCCUCCGAGCAAGUUCAAGAACAAGAACAAGCUCAAGACGAUGCUCAAGAUGAUCAAGCCGGUAGUGCCGGAUCUGACCACGGUGAUGAACAUCCUGAGCAUCAAGCUCGCCGUGUCAACCCCGGGCGUGCAACGUCAAAGCGCUACCGCACCUCUGAGCCAGCAGGUGGUUCCUCUAGCACUCAACCACCACCAGAAGCUGGGCGCCGCCAGCUUGGCGGCGCUGCUCGCGGCGGUGUGCCUCCUCCACGCCGGCGGGGCGGCGGCGGCGGAGCUGAGCGUGGACUACUACGACUGCACGUGCCCGGACGCGUACAAGAUCGUGCAGGGGGUGCUGGUGGAGGCGCACCAGUCGGACCCUCGCAUCUUCGCCAGCCUCAUCCGCCUCCACUUCCACGACUGCUUCGUGCAGGGCUGCGACGGCUCGCUGCUGCUGGACACCUUCGACGGGAUGGAGUCGGAGAAGGACGCGCGGCCCAACAACGGGUCGGCGCGCGGCUUCGACGUCGUGGACGCCGCCAAGGCCGCCCUCGAGGACGCCUGCCCCGGCGUCGUCUCCUGCGCCGACAUCCUCGCCAUCGCCGCCGAGAUCUCGGUCGAGCUGUCCGGAGGACCCGGGUGGAACGUGUUGCUGGGGAGGCUGGACAGCUUCACGUCCAGCAAAGCCGACGCCGAGAACCUACCGGGCCCCUUCGACGGCCUGGACGUGCUCAGAGCCAAGUUCCGGAACGCCACGCUCGACGACACUACCGACCUCGUCGCCCUCUCAGGUGGCCACACUUUCGGCCGUGUGCAAUGCCAGUUCGUCACGGGCCGGCUGUACAACUUCAGCGGGACGAACCAGCCCGACCCUUCCCUCGACGCGACAUACCGAGCCUUCCUGUCCCAGAGAUGCCCGAGGAACGGCGACGGGACGUCCCUGAACGACCUCGACCCGACAACGCCCGACAACUUCGACAGGAACUACUUCACGAACCUUGAGGUGAACCGCGGCUUUCUUCAGUCCGACCAGGAGCUCAAGUCAGACCCCGGCGCGGCGGGGACGACGGCACCGAUCGUUGAUAGGUUCGCGGGCAGCCAGGAGGCCUUCUUCAGUAGCUUCGUGAAUUCCAUGAUCAAGAUGGGGAACAUUAGGCCCGUGACGGAUCCCUCCCAGGGAGAAGUCCGGAACCGCUGCGCGUUUGUCAAUUCAAAUUAGCGGGCAGGGGGGAGACAACGUGUGGGUAUACGCAAAUGUGGCAUCGUCAUGGAUGCAAGGAUGAAUUCAUCUCUUGUCGUCUCUGGUGUAAUAAUUGGUUUAUGUGUCAACCAAUGUAAACAUUUCAUGCAUGCUUGUUCUCUGACGUGGAAUAAAGUGAAAAUUUUAUUCC